GCAGCAGGGCUGGAAAGGUUGGCUGGGGGCAGGGGCUGGAGAGGAGGAGGAGAAGGGAGCCUGAGACAGUCACUUUUUAGUUUUGUGCUGAUCCUAACUGUGGAUCCAGGGAAAAGGUUGAAAUAGUAACUUUUUAAUUUAGUGCUGAUACUAAUUGUGGAUCCAGGAAAAAGGCUUUUUUUUAGUGCUGAUCCUACUAUCCCGUAAAAAGGCUGGAAACAGUCGCUUUUUAGUUUAGUGCUGAUCCUAAUUGUGGAUCCAGUUGAAACUUCAGGUUGAAACAGUACCUUUUUACUUUUCUGAUGAUUCUUAUUGUGGAUCCAGGAAAAAAAGCGUUUUUUAGUGCUGAUACUAAUUGUGGGUCCAGUUGAAACAGUAACUUUUCGUUUUCUGCUGAUCCUAGUUGGGGAUCCAGGAAAAAAGGCUGAAACAGUAACUUUUUUAGUUUUGUGCUGAUCACAAUUGGGGAUCCCUAACUCUAUCGACUCGGAGAAGGACUCUGCAGAUGCCCAGCAAGCUUCCUACUGCCUCCAAAACCAGGCAGUACAGACUACUGGAGAGCUAAAUUCGCACAAUAGAUGUGAACUCAAUAACUGCAAAAGAUGCACAAAUGAAGAAAAGCUUCAGUUUGGAGAGGAUGAAGAGGAUAAGGCUUUGGAUGUGAGCUACAACCUCCUCUGUCCUCAUGUGUGCAUGAAAACCAUGACCACAUACCAGAAUGGCUGUGGAAAUGCCACCCCUGUUGCCUGUAUAGUGAUGGAUAAUAAAGAAUCUAGGAAUAAUGCUACCUCGUUAUGUCAUAAUGGGAAAUGUGACGUGAGCAGCAACUGUGAAAAUGAAAGCCAGGAUGAUAAAACCAGCCCUUCCAAAAUCAUGCGCUUUUUUUCCACUCCUCGAAAAAGGUCUGGUUCCAAUGUGGAAAGGCCUCACUCCCUGAUAGUUAUGGGGAACUCCUCAACAUGGAAUACGUUAUCUUCCAUUAGAAAAAUUGGAUCUUUCAAGAAAUUAAAAUCUUCAGUUCUUCAAGGAAAUCCAGGCAAGGAAGAUUCAGACAACUUAAAUGACAAUAUGCCUGACAGUGAUAUGAGAAAGUGUGUCCCAAACAGUGCAAUUGUGAAAGUUCAGACAAACAGGUAUUCUUAUUCAGGACCCAUACAGGAUUUGCAAAGUACAGCAGAUAAUCCUUUAGUUUCAGAUCAUUCAGAUGGAGAGGAAGGUGAUGAUUCCUUCCUAAGGAAUACUCAUCGGUCACGCAGCAUCAGACGUGCCUAUGGGAUUGGUCGUAUAAAUUUAUUAGACACUGAUAAAAUCCAGGAUCAUCAGGACAAUACAAGGACGGUAUCCCCUGUCAUCCAGGAACCCCAGAUUUGUGAAAUUGUUGUGAAAGAUUCUGAAAGCAACAAAGUGAUCUACAGGAGGAGCAAGAGCACAGAUAACCUGAACUUUCUGAAAAAAAGUUCAUUCAAAAGGAAGUCAACCUCAAACCUCACUGACCUCAGAGUUGUAAAUGAAAAGCAAACUCCACAGAGGACAACAAGCACUUCUUCAGCUGACUCAGACAAAACGAACAGGAACUCGGAGCGAAGAUCAAAACGCUGGAAAAGCCCAAUUAGAGCAAAGGAUUUUGACAGAGUUUUGAAACUUGUCAGCAAUGUUACUGAUGUUACAUUGAAGAAAGACAGUCCUAAGAGUGAAAUUCCAUUCUCCAGUGAACAGAACCAGAGAACAAGACCAAACAGUAGACUGCAUGAUGAUUAUUCACGUCGGGUUUCUAGCAGCACUGAGAAUGACAGGCGGAGAUGUGUACCUUCCCGAUGUAAGCAAGACUCAGCUGUUUGCAGAUCUCGGGUCCUGAGUUCUGAGAAUGACAGUGUUGGGACAACGGUGUUAACCAUGGAUGACAGCAGCAAUAGGAUAUCAUCCUGUGAACUCUCAGACUCUCUUUGUUUGUCACCUCCUCUUAAGGACAUUGGACCAAUUCCUAAUGAAGUUUUUUACGAAGACUCUGAAGGGCCCAAAAGUUCCAGCCAGUUUACAUGUAGCACUGCGCAUCCUGUCAUCCCUGCUAGACCUGCCGUCCCCAAGCCUCAGAGCCUUAGUACUGAAAACGUCAAGUGCAAUAUGAAUUUCCAUUGUCCUGACCGCCACAGCACCUUGUCGCUCAGCUCAAUGGAAAGUGAGGAAAGGGGGGAGGGGAAUACUGCAAAGCUGGGGAAGAGUCCAGUUUACUUCCAGGACUCUGUGCAAGCUGUGUACUAUGACGAUACAAAUGAAGACAGUGGCAUCAGCAGCCACUCUCAGCUGAGUCUCAAUUUAGCUCCAAGUGCCGAUGAAAAGAAGGAAGAGGUUGUUACUGAUGAUCACUGGAAGAAGCCCCCAGUACAAGAUGAAGAAAGAACAGACGCUCAGAAGAUCACAACUAGAAGAUGGGGCUCAGGAAAGAGAUCGCGGCCCCGGCCCCUGUCAGAUUAUGGCCAGUUGUCAAUUAGGAGUUUCUCAAUACCAGAAGAUUCUGUUGCUGUGGAGUCUUAUCAAGUGGACUGCAUGGAUGAUGGCAAUGAGUCCAGCUCACGUCCUGAUGAACCAGCGGCCUAUACAGUAGCCAACCAAAGAGGACAAAAAAGAAGACCCAUCUCUGUUAUUGGUGGGGUCAGUUUCUAUGGAAACAACCAAACAGAAGAAAUAACAGAUCUCCUUACACAACCAGUUACACGCCCUCCAGUACCAGCACAUCAGGUUCCUCCUUACAAAGCUGUCUCAGCCAGAUUCCGUCCCUUCACCUUUUCACAAAGCACACCCAUCGGUCUGGACAGAGUUGGAUGCAAGCGACAAAUGAGAGCAUCUCAUGGUGCUGUAGAUGGGGGUACUGAAUCUUCUGCCUUAGUGGAUGACAACGGUAGUGAGGAGGAUUAUAGUUAUGAGGAGCUCUGUCAAGCCAGCCCGAGGUAUUUGCAGCCUGGAGGAGAGCAACUAGCCAUUAACGAGUUGAUAAGUGAUGGGAGCAUGGUAUAUGCAGAGGCACUCUGGGAUCACGUGACCAUGGAUGACCAGGAAUUAGCCUUCAAAGCUGGGGAUGUCAUCCAAGUCCUUGAAGCUUCAAACAAGGAUUGGUGGUGGGGAAGAAAUGAGGACAAGGAAGCCUGGUUUCCAGCUAGCUUCGUCAGGCUCCGGGUCAACCAGGAAGAACUUGCAGAAAACUGUGGUAGCCUCCAAGAUGAAGAGCCAAAUGCAGAACCUGGAAAGCACCGUCAAAAAAUGGCAGAAAAUAAGGAUCAGAUGAGAACAAAUGUUAUUCAGGAAAUAAUGAAUACAGAACGUAUUUAUAUCAAACAUCUCAAGGACAUCUGUGAAUCGCCCCUCCUUCCUCGCGGACCUGAUGUCUUGGAUAUUCACGGAGGGCGACCUCCGUUAUUGUCAAUGUGGCAUGCCCCCGCAGCAUGUGUCCUGAGCACGCUCGCAGAUAUGGGGCAAGACAUCUUAGGCAGAAGCUCAGAACUGAUCCACUCAGGUGAACUGACUAAAAUCUCCAAGCAAGGCAAAAGCCAGCAAAGAAUUUCCUUCCUCUUUGACCACCAGCUUGUGUUCUGCAAGAAAGAUCUCCUGAGAAGGGAUAUGUUGUAUUACAAGGGCCGAAUGGACAUGGAUGAAGUGGAAGUGCUAGACGUUGAAGAUGGCAGAGACAAGGACUUCAGUAUCAAUGUGAAAAAUGCUUUCAAGAUUGUAAAUACUGCUACAGAAGAGGUUCAUCUGUUCUGUGGGAAAAAGCCAGGUGAUAAGAAAAAGUGGUUGGAGGCCUGUGCAAAUGAAAGGAGACGAGUACAAGAAGACAAAGAAAUGGGAAUGGAGAUCUCAGAAAACCAAAAAAAGCAAGCCAUGCAAAAUGCCCGGAAGUCAAGGCAUGGAAAGAUGAAAGGUGUCAGCUACAGUGGGUGCCCAGUGCCACCGCCUCACCAGAUUUUACAUCCUAUCCAUCAGCGUCACAUUACAGUGCCCACCAGCAUUCCACAGCAACAGGUGUUUGCUCUGGCAGAGCCAAAACGGAAGCCAUCACUUUUCUGGCACACUUUCAACAAACUGACUCCAUUCAAGAAAUGACUGCCUUGAGAUCGCUGAAUUAACAAAUUGUAUGGUAAAGAAGAGACAUUUGCCAGCAAAGAAUUCCUUGGUUCAACUGAAAAACCAUGAAUUUGGUUCUGGAAAGAAGGAGUUAAGAUUUUCUUAACCUUUUGCCAUAACCUUUGUUGAGAAAGAUGAAAUACAGGUGGUUCAGUGAAGAAGGCUGACGUGUGAUUUGAAGCAAAUGUUGAUGUGUGUCAGUAAACAUUGCCAAUGAGAAACCCAUCACUUGGUCACAAUUGCUGCAAGACUGGAACAGUGGCAUAGUGUUUAUACUGUACUUGUACCAAAGGAAUGGUUAAAAUCUCUAGGUCAUUUUGCCUGUCUUAAAAAUGAAUCAAUGGCCAAAUUUAGAAAUAGGAAGGAAAACAAUUAUUUUCCCUGCAUAGCAUGUUGACAAAAAGAGGUAUCAUCUUCCUGCAAGCACCAACCAGGCAAGUGGAUCUCAUGUGAUCAGAUUGCUGCUAAUGCAAGAACUGCUGAACCUCAGUCCUUCCUAUUUGUUUUAGUUUGCUAUCUUUUUCUGUUAAUUUAACAAAGUGGGAAUAGGACUUCCUGCAAGGCCUUAGCAUUUUCCCCACAAAAUGGGAGAAGCUGUUAAUUUUGUGACAUAAAUAGACAUGCAUUUUUACAUGCUAUUUGAUAUAAUGAAGGAAGGGACCCAAUGCAUUGUGGGUUUGAUUCUAACUAAAAUGGUAUUUUUCUGCAUGCACUGUAUGCAUUUCAAGAAACUUGUGUCGUUUUAUUUUGUUACCUGCAGCUACUUGGCUUGUGAAAAUUGCCUCUGAUUUCCAGUAUGCCUGCUUUUACACUAUGUAAAACUGAAGUCUCUUUUUAAUGGCAUUUUAAAUGGCACUACUACAAAGAAUAAGAAUAAUAUAAAGUAACAGAAAUCUGGAAGAGUUUUGAGAGAUGUUGGGGUUUUUUUUGGUAACUAUAUGUCACAAAUAUAGGCAUUCUGUUUUGUAUGAUUCCUAGAAAAGAUCCCCCGAAAGUUUCCAAAAUGGUAUUUGAUUUGUUUUUCUUCAUUUAUACAAAAGAAAGCUGUUUAGCAAUAUAUCUUUGCAGAGAUGUCAAGAAGAUCCUACACCAAGGACCAUCUGAUGGCAUCAGAAAUGAACUUUGAUUAAAACUCAGGUCAAAUGUGGCCUAUUUAUGAAUUAUUAAAAUGGUAUCUCCUUCUUUUGAAUUGCUUUGUUCUGUGAACUCAAAUUGUUUUUAAGAUACACUUUACAAAAUAUUAUACUAUUAAAGUCUAUGGUACCCGC